UCACGCGGCCAAUUGCUAAUCAGAUUUUUUUAUUGUGACAUCGGAUGAGGUUAGAUCUUGGCAGGCGUCUGAAUCCCAUUCGUUGUACAAUCAGAUUUCGGGAUUUUGUUCGCGUUCUCUUCGAGGAACCAAACGCGACAUUUCUACCCACGGAACCGCCUGAGUCUGGCGGUGUAUUUUCGUCAGACCGUGGCAGAGAAGAAGGUCUGCAGGAAACCCUAGAGGCUAGAAGAGUUCUUUCUCCUCUGCGUCCUUCCCGGAACAUCGAUGUCUUCUCCCGCUGCGAUGGUCGAUCCGAGUUCUUGGUCAUCCGCUCUUGUGCGGAUCUCGCCUUACACGUUCUCUGCCAUCGGCAUUGCCGUCGCAAUCGGCGUCUCUGUGCUCGGGGCCGCCUGGGGAAUCUACAUCACGGGGAGCAGUCUCAUCGGCGCAGCGAUUAAGGCUCCUCGAAUCACUUCCAAAAAUCUAAUUAGUGUAAUCUUCUGUGAGGCUGUUGCUAUAUAUGGCGUGAUUGUGGCAAUCAUUCUACAAACGAAGCUAGAAAGUGUUCCACCCUCAAAGAUAUAUGCCCCUGAUUCUCUGAGAGCAGGAUAUGCCAUCUUUGCUUCUGGAAUCAUUGUUGGUUUUGCCAACCUGGUUUGCGGGGUCUGUGUAGGAAUAAUAGGAAGCAGCUGCGCUCUCUCAGAUGCUCAAAACUCAUCUCUUUUUGUGAAGAUACUGGUGAUUGAGAUCUUUGGUAGCGCACUUGGGUUGUUCGGGGUGAUCGUAGGCAUCAUCAUGUCUGCACAGGCAGUAUUCACAGCAAAAUAGUAAUUACAGAGUGGGAACUAAAGCCUACAUAUUAAGCAGGGAUGUUUUGCUUUUGAGCUGUAGCAUAGAGCUGGCUGUUGAACACCAAGCUGACGGUUGCCUCAGCAAUUUUGCUCGUGUAUACAUUCUGCUAGAGAAUAUGUAGCAUGGAGUUUUCUAAUAUAUGUACUUUAACCCCUGAUUCCA